AUGCCAAUGAACGUUAAUUUUUUCGGUUCAGAACCCGUCGGAUUUCCCCAACCUUCAAGACCCAUGUUUGCCUCGGACACGAGUUUCGAACCCAGAAUGUGUGAAGACAGUCUCCCACACCCAUUUUUUGAGGGUUGUGAUCAUGAACCUGCAGGGGGGUCAUCAAGAUCAGCACCGGAAGGAGGAGAUAGGUUCGUUUUCGAUGAGGAUGUUAUUCAAAUUCUGAGAGAGUUUGUGGAGGAACUCGAUGACAAGGGUCGAAAAUUGUUUCAGAAACUAAUCUCCAAGGUGGAGACGGAAAUUCCAUUUGAAAGAUUAGUUCAAGAAAUUAGAGAGAGACCCAUAUCAAACUUGUUUGAAAAACUUUCAACAAAGUUACAUGACCUGAGAAAUUCAGAUGCUGAUCCAAUAAACAUGGACAGAGGUUUGAAUAUCGAUUCCAUGUCAACAGGGGAAGAUUUGAAGCAGAAGCUUGAGCGGUUCAAAGUCAAGACUGUAAACCUAGGAAUUGUCAAGGAAGACAAGAAGUAA